UUAUUAUUAAAUUUAUUGUACAGCUAUUGGCCGCACAUUUUGGUGUUUUGCCGACAAUUUUAGCGACCAAUUAAUUGGUGGCCACAAAAAAAAUCAACAACAAAAAAGUCAUGUCAGCCGACGAAGAUAUGCCAUCGGAUGACGAAAAUCAACCGAAAGGAGCUACAAGUCGUGGUAGUGGUGGUGGUGGCCAUCAUCAUCAUCAUCAUAACAGCGCUAACGCCGCCGCUAUGGAUACGGCCGCAGCCGCCGCCGCCGGUGCCGACGCCGAUGUUGGCAUCGGUAGCGACGGCGACGAAGAUCCCACUGGUCUCGAGGGCGCCGCCUUUCAGUCGCGUCUGCCGUACGACAAACUGACUGCACAGGAGGCCCAAGCGUUUCCCGAUGUGUCCACUGGUUCUCAAUCAUCCAUCAAAAUCUUUCUCUACAUUCGUAAUCGUAUACUUCAGCUAUGGAUCGAUAAUCCGAAAGUUCAGUUGUCUUUCGAAAGUAGUUUACCGCAGAUCGAAGUGCCGUACAAUUCCGAUGGACCGCUGGUUAUGCGUAUUCAUUCGUUUCUCGAGCGAAACGGUUUCAUUAAUUUCGGUGUUUUCAAGCGUCUGAAAGCAUUGCCACACAAACGUCACGGCAAAGUGAUUGUCAUCGGUGCCGGUAUUGCCGGUCUGAUUGCCGCACAACAACUGACACAGUUCGGUAUGGAAGUUACCGUACUGGAGGCCAGAGAUCGGGUGGGCGGCCGUGUAGUAACCUUUCGAAAGGGUAACUUUAUUGCCGAUUUGGGUUCAACAGUUGUAACCGGUUUGGGCGGCAAUCCGGUGGCCAUUAUUGCCAAACAGAUUAACAUGCAGUUGCAUAAAAUCAAACAAAAGUGUCCGCUCUAUGAGUCCAAUGGCAAUACUGUGCCGAAAGACAAGGACGAAAUGGUCGAACGCGAAUUCAAUCGACUACUUGAGGCCACAAGUUAUUUAUCACAUACAUUGGACUUUAAUUCAUUAAACGGUCGAUCAGUUUCAUUGGGACAGGCAUUGGAAUGGGUGAUACAAUUGCAGGAAAAGAGUGUCAAAGAAAAACAAAUACAACACUGGAAGGCAAUAUCCGACUUACAGGAGAAGCUGAAGACAAAUCUGAAUCGAAUGUUGAGUUUGAAAGAGAAAAUUGAAUUUCUGUCGAAACAGCACAAAGAAUUGAUGGACAAAAAGGGACCGAAACCUGAUAUAACUAAAGAAUUUGUCGUCCGAUCGACGGCACGGGAUCUGAACGCCGCUUGUCGUCAAUGGGAUGCACUGGUCGAAGAACAGAAGGAGAUUGAAGAAAAAAUACAAGAACUGGAAGCGGCGCCGCCCAGCGAUGUCUACCUGUCCUCCAGGGACAGGCAAGUACUGGACUGGCAUUUUGCUAAUCUGGAGUUUGCCAACGCAACACCAUUGAACAAUUUGUCGCUGAAACACUGGGAUCAGGAUGACGAUUUCGAAUUUUCCGGUAGUCAUCUAACUGUUCUCAAUGGCUACUCGUGCGUACCCGUAGCGCUGGCCGAAGGUCUUGAUAUUAAACUCAAUACGGCUGUCCGUGCUAUACGUAUAACACCGACCGGUGCCGAAGUUACCACUUAUAAUCCCCGGCUGUCGAAUACCAGUUCGAAUACAUCGUUAUCGAAUCCAUUGAUGACAUACAAAGGCGAUGCCAUAUUGUGUACACUACCGUUGGGUGUACUCAAACAGGCUGUCCAAACCAAUUCAGUUGGUCCCACCGGUAAUCUCGUUCAGUUUCUACCGCCGCUUCCCGAAUGGAAGGUCGCUGCCAUCCAGAGACUCGGCUACGGAAACCUGAAUAAAGUUGUCCUAUGUUUUGAUCGGAUAUUCUGGGACCAGGACUCGAAUCUAUUCGGUCACGUCGGCAGUACCACUGCUUCCAGAGGUGAACUGUUUCUGUUCUGGAGUCUCUACAGAGCACCCGUUCUCAUGGCAUUAGUUGCUGGAGAAGCGGCCGGUAUUAUGGAAAAUGUUAGCGACGACAUCAUCAUCAGUCGUUGUCUAACAGUUUUGCGAAGUAUUUUCGGUGCCACAGCUGUACCUAAUCCUAAGGAAACAGUGGUUACCCGUUGGAGAGGCGAUCCCUGGUCUAAGGGUUCCUAUUCGUUUGUGGCCACUGGAUCGUCGGGCAACGAUUACGAUGCAUUGGCCGCACCCGUAGCCGUACAGUUGCCCCAAUCGAUUACACAAUCGCCGCCAACAACAGCAACAACAACAACAGCCGGAACAUCUAUACCGCCGCGACUGUUCUUUGCCGGCGAACAUACCAUACGUAACUAUCCGGCCACUGUUCACGGAGCACUUCUUAGCGGACUUCGGGAAUCGGCCCGCAUUGCCGACCAAUUUGUCGGCUGUCCAUACGCUCUACCGACACAAUCGACAUAAUCUUUAAAAACGUAAUUAUUCGUUGUUGUUGUUGUUUGUUAUAACGAAAACCAUUUGAUAAGAUUUUUUAAUUUUAAUUUUUUGAUUUCUAUUAAUUAAAACACAAAUACAGUACUAUUAUAUUAUUAUUAU